CAUGUUUAGAAAUAUCUAAAGCAGCUCUCUAGACAACAGUUCAAAGUGGUGCUGGCCCUGGAUCUGACUAAUGAGGUCAGGAAUAAGAGUAUUUAUGGGGAUUAUUUGCCUCCAGGAGGGAAAGCUCAAAAUGCCAUCAAAUGCAAAAACGCAGCCAUGCAAAAAACAAAUUUUCGUCAUUUAGUGCAGUGGUAAAUUCUUAUUAAGUCGAUCAGACAGAUUCCACUUCAGUAAUCAGCCACUGGAAGAGAGUUCAGGAUGAGUCAAUGCUAUUUCAGCCUGCAGGCGAAGUUUAUGGACCUAGCAGACAGGGGCAAUGAUGUAUGAUUAAAAUCAGGGCCACUUUCAGUUCUCCUCGUGGUGCUGUCACGCACAAAAGGCAUGAGAACAAGCAGCCAUUCUGGAGCAGCCGUCCUGAGAGCACCAGAGCUCUAAGGACACCGGUAGCACUCAUCAACCCCACCUUCCUGUUACCAGUACGUACCAGCACGUGUCCAGGAGACGCGGAUUUUCCACAUGAAAAGAUGUCUUUGAUACUAACACUAACCAUCCCCGAGCUCUCCAGGAGCUCCGCUCUCACCGGAGACGCAGCCCUGGUGCCCAGGACCCGAUCGCAACUGCCAUGGUUAGGUGCAACGGCAGCAACAUACCCCCUCACCCCAAGAAUUACGGCGGUGGGCGCCACGCAGGGCCCGUGGCGAGUAACGAGACCCGUCUGCUUUAACAAGGCAGGAAGAACAAUUAAUUUUCAGGAUUUGAUCCGUUAAACCCAUGCCCGCUAAAACACGCACAGUGUUGGGCUCUUCGGGAUUUUGCCCUCCCAGGCUGCAGCGAUCGUGCCUCUACGUCUGGAGCAGUGCCGGCCUCCUUUUUUCUUUCUUUUCUUUUAAAACAAGCAGGAAUUGAAACCAACGCUCGUCGCGGCUGUGGAUAUCCGUCGGAGAGGAGGACUUCGCAGGGAGGAAAACCAGCGCCGUAACUUCGCGCACCCCCGUCCCCCGACGCCGCUCCUCUCCAGCGCCCUCCGCUUUCCGGCCAUGUGCCCCCCCCCCCCCUCCGGAGCCCCGACGGCGAACCGGCACUGCGGGCUCCUCCCGCCGGGCGCCCGCCGCCGGCCCGCCCGGCCCCCCUGCAGCUUGGGCAGGCCCCCGGGGGCUGCAUCUCCGUGCGGAGAAAAGGGAGCGACACUGAGCCGCUGGGCGAAUGGCUCCCGGCACGGUACCUGUGCCUCGGACCCUGCUGUCAGCUUGGGAGUCCCGUAAGAGCUGCCGAAAACGGAGCCCCCCGCCGGCAGCCCCUUCUGCGUCAGUCGGGCACACGAACGCCUCUCCAGGAGGGCUGUUCGCAGGCAGGCUCUCGGUGGUGAUGCUCAGUGGAAAGAAUUACGUGAGAAGAGACGCCUGCAAGAACAGCCGCGCUCCCCGCCGCACAACUGGCGCUCUUCUCGGCGUGCGGGCACGCGUCCCUCGGCGGCUCCGCUGGGAGAGGAGGGGGCAGCGCUUCAGUGACCGAGAAAGGCUGCAGCUGCCGCCAGUUCGGCCCGCAUCGGGCUCAGAGAGGCCGGCGCUUCGCCGAAGGGUCUGGCCUAACCAGAGCCGCGCCAGGGAGGCGGUGGCGGCAGCGGCAGCGGCAGCGCGCCGGGGGCGCGGAGCUCACCCCCGUCCAAACGACUUCGCGGCGGUUCUUGCCCGCGGAGGCUCCCCGGCCCCCUCACCGCGUCCCAAAGCCGGCGGCAGCGGGGGGCUCGGAGCGGCCUCGCACGGGGCCUGUCAGCGUGCGCCGCGUGGGGCCCGCGGGGCCGCGCGUGGGGCGGCUCGAGGGCGGAGACGAAAGGGGGGAAAAAAAAAAAAAAAAGCCUGAAGGGAGGAACUUGCUGCCGCCCGGCAUCAGCUCGUUCGGCUGCAGACAACGUGUCGUUCGCCCAGGUCUCUCGGCCACGGCAGUAUCCCACGGGCCUGGAGGGUCCGGGACAUGGGGGAGCCCCGCGCUUUGGGGCCGCCGGACCCUCUUGUUCCCCGAGCUCCUCCCCCGGGGGGGGGGGGGAUGCUCCCCGGCGCCCACCCGCGCCCCGGGCUGAAGGGCAGCGCGGCAGCUUGCCCUCGAGGGCUCCCUCGCCGCCCGGGGGAAGCGGGUGACUGCAGCGAGCCUGUCGCCCGUAUCCUGUGGGAGAAACGAGGUCGGUGUAGGAGAGAUCCAGCAAGUAGCAGCGUAUGAAAUAGCGUCCGCGCUGCUUCUGUAGCAGCGGAGAGCGCAGCCUUUCCCAGCAGCAGCCGCUACCUGCCGUAGGUGCUCCACUGAGAUGUGUUUUCAUCGAUGCGCUUUAAGAGACCGGGUUUUUAAAAACCGAGCGAGACCAGACUGGCGAGGGAGCGCCUCGGUCCCCGACGUGCCCACAAAUCCGGCGCGAUUUCACAUCAGGCCCCGCACAAGGCAGGCGUGUGAACACCCUCGGCCUCGCCGCCCUGCGGGGAGCUCAGCUUCCGAGGCAGGGACAGACCCGCCGGGUCCCGGCCCGUGCCGUGGCCGCCGAUCGAUGCACGUCGGUGGCGGCUGCAGGAGAUCCGCGGCCGGGGAGGGGUUCAGCACCGCCUGCGUGACUUGGCAGCAUAAAUCCCACUGACUCCGGAGACGAGCCGAGUUGCUAACUUAGGUGGCUGCUUUUGAAAUCCCACUCUCCUGCGUUGCUCGCCGGGCUGGGAAUCAUCAGCUGGCCGGGGCCAACCAGCUGAAGACGCACCUGGGCAGUUUUACUCCGUCGAGUAUUUCCACCGAUGCCAAGUAAACGUUAGCAGGAUCGGUCCCAGCAGCAAUAAUAAUUGCCGAGGUGGGAGUGAAAGGUGUAGCACGCAACUCCAGACACAGGGGAAAAUCUGCCUAUGCUUUGCCCGCCGUGACAGUUCAUUAAACCGCUUUAAAAUAUGUUCUCUUUUUGUAAGUGGAUGUGUGCAGAGACGAAGAGCGUGGGGGUGUGGCAGCGGCAGGGCGCUUUUAAGGCGGUGGCUUUCAACCAGAAAGAAAAGGAGUUAAUCCUUAAAUCGGUCAGUUGUUUGAGAAGAAAUGACAUACGUCUUGGAUAUGUAAUUACUGAAAAUGUCAAACACACAAUAUACAACACAGGUGGAAGAACCGACUAAUUGUUCAAGACCUGCCUUUUCUCUGAGCUCAACCCUUAUUUAAAGUUUGCAUUCAAAAAUAAUCGAUUUCUGUGUGAUACACACAGAGAGAACAAUUCCGAGACGCCUGGUUUACUAUAGCUUUGUGACUGCACGAUAUUUAAGGUCCGGAAUGAAGUCUUGUGAAAGGUAAGGACGAGGGGAUAUCAUCUGUAAUAGUCAAACGUCGACUUGUUUAGCAUGUUUAAUUAGGAUUCUUGGCAACCUUAAUACUUCACUCUACACCAAAGGCAACCUUCCCUCUCUUUGUGAAGGUGUUAGAUUCAAGUGGGAGGGCUCAUACAAGCAAAAACAAUGGUCGCGAUCGAAUCCGAUUAUGCCAAAUCACCGUCACUAUUCGGGGUAUAUUUUUCGUGCAAACCAGAAGAGAGUCAAAAAAGGAAAGCGGAGCACCAAACCCGACCCCAAAAAUACAGCAGCCCUGCUUGUUUUGAACUCCCUUCACAAAGCCUCUACUACACUCUCUUUUGCCUUUCUCAAAUCCAAAAUGGUGGGAUAUUUCAUUCUCAGUGUAUUUGAUCUCAUUGAGAGAAGCUGCGAUGUCCCUCUGUAACCCCGGUAGUCUAGCAACACGAAACAAGCCUAA